UGACAGUCAGUGCGGCCUUGCAGACUGAAGAGCGCUGCCAACAAAGGCCGAGUCGAUGGGGUUACAAAAAUUUCUUAAUUUGGACAUCUAAAAACCCUUUUGUUAUUGUAAUUAUAAUUUUAAAUAGGUUGUGAAUCUGUGAUUACGUUAAGAAAUGUGUGAAUGAUAUGAAUCGUGACGACUAGCAAAGGAGUCAGCUGGUCCAUAGUGCGAAUAGUGAGUAAGAAAUGGCGGCCUUGCCAGCAGGUGUUCAGUAUGCGUUAUCAUCAGAGUCUAGUUAUAAAGAAAACAAGGAACUAGUGUUUGUGAAAUUAACGGAUUCGGCAUUGAAAGCUAUAGAAGACUUUAUUAGAAAUAAUAGGGACAAAUUGGCAAAACCUAAAAUACAGUUCCUACCCGGAAAUGAAGGGAAAAUCUCCAUUCCGGCUCCUUCCAGUGGCAAUGGGCCAUCAGGCGAAUCCACAUUUCACUUCAGUAUCAAUAGCAAUGCAGAAAUGGAGGGUCCACAGGGUUCGUUCGAGUGCGUCAGGGGUGGGGGCGCGAGGCGCCUGGAGUCGUGCGGGCCGCUGCCCCGGAGGAUGCGAGUGCAAGCCAACGACGACUCGUACGAGGCGACCAAGGACCGGAUGUCCAGGACUAUCGCCGCGGAGCAGAGCAAAUGCACCCGCGUCAUUAAGCCUAAUCAAACGGAUAUAGGUCGACGUGUUAAAGUGCGCUCAACACAUCCUACGUACUCAAAUGGGCCUGCGGCUCAGCUCGAAAGGGCCGAAAGACCAGAACGGCCGGAGAGGCCCGAGAGGCCGGAACGACCGGAACGGUCAGAGCGGCAAGAACGGCCUGAACGAGCGGAAAGACCCGAUAGACAAGAUCGGCCCGAGCGGCCGGAACGGCCUGAGAGACCCGAACGGCCAGAGCGACCUGAACGGCAAGAACGACCCGAGCGACCAGAAAGAGCUGAGCGUCCCGAACGGUCAGAAAGACCUGAACGGAUGGAGCGUGUAGAAAGGCCGCCGGUCGCACCACCUGCGAGUCGCCCGCAACCCACUGCGCCCGCGCAUCCGCACCCGCACCCGCAGCCCCAGCAGCACUCGCAACCACACCCCCAUCAGCAGCAACGGCCUCCCCCCAACCCAGACCUUACUAGGCGACCAUUAAAGGAAAGACUUAUACAAUUAUUAGCACUGAAACCCUUCAAGAAGCCCGAACUAUAUGCGAGGCUUAUGAGUGAAGGCCUCAAAGAAAAGGAACGUGGUAUGGUGAACAAGAUCCUGCCGGAGAUCGGCACGCUCAAGGACAAUUGUUACCACUUACGUAGGCACGUAUGGAAUGAUGUUAACGAGGAUUGGCCAUUCUACACGGAGGAAGAAAAACGUUUGCUCAAGAGGCGGAAACCUCAAAAUCUAACACCGCCGCUGAGCAGCGACUCUGCGAACUCGCUGUCGCCGCGCGCGUCGCCCGGCGCCAGCAAGCGCGCGUGCGCCAGCGCGGACGACGCGCCCGCCGCCGUCAAGAAGCAGCGCAUCUCGCACUACCGCCGGCCCUCGCCGCCCUCCUCCGGGUACGCCACCACCUCCUCCGGCGAGCGCCACGCCUCCGACAACGAGGACGACCGCACCACGGUUAAAAAGGACAAUGGUUAUACUCUUAACUUUACAACCGUCAAGGAUCUCUGUCCCAGUCCUGUGAAGGCGAAUGGCUUUAGUAGAAGUAGUCCUCCUGUUGAGCAAACUAGUAUCACAGUAAAAGACAUCACAAAUACGGAAUCUUUAGAAAAUACAGCUUUAACGUCUGUGCCUGAAGAAAACAUGACUGAUUUGGUUGAUGUUGAUAGACAAUAUCCGCCAAUAACGAGCUCGAGCACGCGGCGCGCGUACAAGAACGAGUUCGCGACGCUGUACACGGAGUACCAGUCGCUGUACGAGCGCGUCGCGCAGGUCGCUGCGCUCUUCACGCAGCUCGAGCACCAGCUCAAGUGCGCCGAGCCCAAGUCGCCGCAGCACCGGAGCAUAGAGCAGCGCAUAGUGGAGGAGUACCAGCGCAUGCGCAACGACCAGGCCUACCAACGGGACAGGCGGCGCGUUAACUACCUGCAUAGGAAACUCAACCACAUUAAACGGAUGGUGCAUCAGUAUGACCAAUUGCGCAACCUGAAGCCGGAGCGCGUGUCGGCGGCCAGCACGACGCAGGCGUACUGACCCGCGCGCGGCCUCUAGUACCGCCGCGCACUGCCGACCGCGGCCGGCUCGGGCCGGGCGGCCGGUGUGCGCCGGCCGAGCAGUGCGGGCCGGACGUGCAGUGCGAGCCGGACGUUCAGUGCAAUCCGGACGUUCAGUGCGAGCCAAAUUGCAGUAUUGUAAAUGUGUGUAUUUUUUAAAACGAAGGUUAGCCUUAAGAUUUCUGUUAUCGAGAUUCCUAUUGAUGCCUUAUUCGAUUUGAACUCGAACGUACCAGUCGACUGUGAGAUAUGUCUUUAGAUGUUAUAUAUUAUACGGAUCGGACGACCGAAGUUUUAUAUGUAAGAGAUGUAUUGUACACACAUAAGCGUUCUGACAAUUUGGUAAUGUAAGUAUUGUUGUUUGGUCAAAUAUAUUUAGUUAAAAUUGUUAUAUUGCAGCUGAAUGUUUUUAAUUUUACGGUUCUUCCAUUAUUUUAUAUAAAAAAAAGGAAACGAUUGAUAUGAUAUGACGAAUCGAGACACCGAGGGGAGGUAUAGAUCUUCGACUUACCGGAUAUGAGGGCCCAUAUUGAAUUAUAAGGAAACAUUUAUAAACCUAGCUAAUUAUAUUAUUACAUAUUUUCGGACAUUAACUGUAUUUAAUGUAUAUCAAACUUUAUUUUUUUACCGAUGCCUUGUGUAUUUCUGCUUUAGUUACUUUCUCCUUCGGACGAUGUGAUGUCAUGUUAAUAAGAUUAUUGAUUGAAGCAGAAAUAUACAAAAUAAGGUUAAUAAUAUUGUACCAUAAUGUUAUUUGCUAUUGUUAGUAGUGAAGGAUCUUGGCGAUUACGAGCGACGAUUCGCAAGUUAUACAGGUCCUUAACUUUGUUUUUUAUCAAUUGGUUUUUAUAAUGUAAAUAACUCAAAACUUAUAUAUUUUAAUAACAAAUAAGUACAUAAUAGUCCAAUAGUAGAUGAUUGUUCGUCCACAUUUUAUUCCACACGAAAAAUAUUGCCGUCUGAUGUUAUUGUUGUCCAAAUGAAUUUCGCUUAUAAAGUUGCCAACGUUUACCCUCGAUAUCGUUUCGUUUUUAAAUCGCCUUUAAAAGGAUGGAUCGAUUGUGAGUCACUGCAAUUUUAAAUGUCAAUUUAAAGGACUUUUGCCCUUUAAAAAUUCUAAAAAAAAAAACUGUCGAUUAUAUUUUAGACGCGAUUACGUCCUCUUGCUUCUAAACAAUCCAUCCAUUUUUUAAUGUUGGACGUUCAUUUUGUACGCGUCUUGCCCAGCUUGCAUGUUGUAUAUAGUAACAUAUAGAAAGAUAUAUCAUGUUCUUGUUAAAUUUUACUAUGGGUAGUGUAAUAUUUUCAGUUUUUUUUUUCUCGUCUUUAUUAAUAAUAUAAUUACACAUAUUAUUAUUAUUAUUAUAUUAAUAUUUGUUCAAUUGUUUUGACUCGGUCGUGUCAUUUACGUAUACAAAAGAUCUUAUAAAUAUCUCAAUGGCUUUAAAUAAAUCACUCAUUGAUGUCACAAAAGUAAACUCAGAUCGACGUUUAGUAUUAAAGGAUAAGCGGCAGUGACACGACCGAGAUUGAAUACGUAAAUGUGGUCAUAGUUUUUGCCAAAAUUAUAAAUACAUUUUAUAUUUAAUUAGUUUUUAAUUGCUAAAAAAAAACGUCUCGAGUUAGCAACAACCGGCCAGUGUUGAACAUCCACUAGAAAUAAGAAAAUAUUCUGGUCCUCUUCAGAAUGACCCUCCAAAUCACAAUAAAAAAAUGUAGUUAUUUUGUAGUCUGCUUUGGGAUUUUUUGACAUAUGGAGCAUUAUUUUACUUUUCAUUAUGAUUUUAAACCUUCGUCCUUAAAAUUAAAUUUAAAAAAAUUGAAUGACAAUGAAUUUAAAUUAUUAUUAGCUGUUAUAUAAAUUAACAAAUUUUUGUUUUAACAAUUAGUUGAAAUUGAACAUAUUAAUUUAUUUUCGUUUUCAAAUUAAAGCUCCGUCUUAAACCCAAUGUAAGAAAAGCCGUCUUUCAUAUUUUGUCCUAAAACUAACGUCCAUAUUUUUGAAAAUGAUUUAGCAUUAAGUAAUUCUGAUUUAAUCAAUGAAAGGUAACUAGUUUUUUGUGAGUCCACUAUAAUCCGAAACGGAAUCAUCAGUUUGCUGCAAAUUCAUCGUAUUAUUGAAAACGUUUAAUACAAAUGUGGUCGAAGCCUUUAUUAUAAACAAAUUUACGUAAAACACCGAUUAUAUCAUCAUUAUUUAAAUUUUUCAAUUGUCCAAGUAAAUCUUUAAGAAAACCAUUGAGUAAUAAAUUAAAUAAUAUCGUUUAUAAACUAAACUUUCAACAGAAUUGACUAAAUGCAGUUUCAUAUCAAAGUAACAUCAUUUUUAUCGUAAAAUUGUUUUCAUAUAAUGUAUAUAACGACUUAUUUGUUAUGAAUUGACGUAUUCAAAUAUAUAUUUUCUAAUAUAUAAAUACUAGUUUAAUAAAUUGAUAUAGGUUUACGAAACCUUGUUAAUCGAUGAUGUUGUUUCAGUUAAUUUUUGUCAAUUACUAUAUAAAACGGCGUUGCUCUUUCAUUAUUUUGUUUUUCUUUUUUUGUCUAAACGAAUACAGUCAAUUGUUUUACACGUAACGACGCAAUAUCAACGCGGUGUCGGGUAAUGGGUCAAUUCGUAUGCAAGUGCCCUUUGUUUGCUCACACGGUUAAUUUAUCACUUUACUCAUUAAAAUGCUCAAUAUUAUGGUCAUGAUAUUAGAUAAUUAAACUUCCUUUCUGAAUCUUUAUUUAUUUACUUUUCACUAUUUAUUGUUUUUAAUUAACUCUUUCUAUUAUUUUCACUCAAAUUUUUUUUUCUACGUGUCUGUUAAUCUAUCAUGCCAUUUAUCGGUUUUGACGUGUUGAAUAACAACGUGAAACUACUUGCCCGUCUUGUGUUAACGUCUAGAACAUUCACGAACAUCAGAAAAAUAUUAUCUUUUUAAAAUAGUAAACUCAAAACAAUUCGAUUUUGAACAUUUUUUUAUUUAACAAUUUUUACGGCUCCGGAUACGAGUCCUUUGCGGCUUUAAAUUUAACAAUAUGUAUCAUUUUUAAACAAAACCGUUAAAAAGUUAUCGUUACCAGUAGUUUAAGCAACGAUUGUUUUAUUAUAAUAUAUAAAUACUGUAAUAAUAUAAAUUAUUUGUUUCCUCGAGAGUUGGUAAUAUCCUUGUGUUUGAAACGAAACUGUUGAUUAAAGUGGACAUUGUGAAUAUGCAUUCCAUUCACUUCGAGUUUUUGUUUAGCACUGUUCAUUGAUGCACUUACUUAUUGAUUUUCUAAAUAAUUACUACUCAUUCAUAAAAAAAAAAUCGUCUUGAUAUAAUAUUAUAUAUUCUAAAUAGAUGUGUAAUAAUACAGACUAUAGGCGUUUGCCGUGUGAUCUAUGAUGUAUAAGAGUGCAUCAAUUAUAUAAUACUACGUUAACAUUCAGCACACUUUCGCGUUUGGCAGCGGGGAGAUGGGCAAUGCGAGAAUGUAAACACUCAUUACGUUCGAAGCUUAAACGGAAUGUUCAUUGGCGAGCUUAUAAUGUAGGCUGAACGUAAACGUGGUAUUGCAUACAAUGUGCAGACCACUAUAAAGAUUAAAUAAAUUUUAUAUAGAAAGAUGAUAUAUCCCUUUCUAAUUAAAACGAUAUCUAAAAUACUGUCACAAAGGGAGUUAUAAAAAUGUCAAACGUUGCUCGAUUGUUACCGAAUAAGUUAUUACAAGGUUGGACAUAAAUAUUUGUAUUUUGUCAUGUUUAUACGAAUGAUAAUAUCUCAAUAUAAUAUCAUAGCCCAUUGUACAGAGUAGGCGUAUAUAUAUAGUCUAGUAACGUCAAAUUUUUCUUAAAUCCUAGUUAGUGAUAUAUUUGUAAUACUAAUUCCCAAAUGUAUAUUGAUAUUUGAUACACGACAAACGCGUCACGAUAUUUGUUUCGCGUUAUAACAAUUUGCCUUAAAUUAAUUUCAAUUAAGUAGGUCGCGAGUCAAUCAGGUUGUGUUAACCCCAUUAGUAAUCAUAACAAUGAAUUUUUGGCCUAUUUAAUUCAUGUAUUUAUUAUAUUAUAUUUGUGUACUAUAUUGAAAUCGUUUUCGCGUUUUUCAUGUGUCAAAUAUAAACAAGUUAUACUUAACAUAGCUGAUAUUAUAGCGGCUUAAGGCGGGCGUUACGUGAAGAUCCUUACCUUACAUAUUUUUUUAGAUGUAGAUGUUUGAGUUUGCGUAUUCAGAUCAAACGUUAUUGUAAAUUUGCUGUACAUUAAUGAAAAAAUAAAUAAAUGGCCGCGGUCGCGCUUAGGGCCCGACGGCGAUCUCGCAAGACUGUCGAUUUACCGAACAACUUAAAUACUAUGUAUUAUGUCAAUGUAAAUAAAGUACGAAUUAGACAUUAGACGCGUUAAGGAAUGUAAUCGUAGUGUUUUUAUUUUUAUGAAUCGCAAAUUGUAUAGGACGGGAAAGUAAAUGAAUAUAUAUAUAGGCGUAGUGUUAGUGUGUCGGUACGGGCCAAAGGCUCGGCGGCGGCCGAAACGAUGCUGCGAUAUUCCUUGUGCCCCUCGAAAUAUCAGUGCAUUAUAUAUAUAUGAGUCAAGAUGUAUAGACGAUGCGGUAGUGUUAUUGUGUAUAGAAGUGUUUAUACAAGCUCGAGUCAGGCGGAGGAGAGAACGAUUCUUGCCAGCCGGUUCGAGCGAACGACGACUAGCUAUGAAUCCUGACAUCGGCUCACGUUAAUUAGCUUUUAAAUAUUUCAUCAAAAUAUAAAAUACACAAAAAAAAAAAUAUGGAUAUAAAUUUCUCGACCAAGUGCUGGUUGUUUUUAAAUUAUUAAAAUGUAAAAAAAAUUAGAUUAUAAACAAAGUAUAGGUACAAUUUAUGAAUUAUACUUUUCUUUUCGGCAUUUCGUGUAACAGUGGAAGGGACUUAGCUUUUUUGCUACUCAGAAAUCGAUUAUAUUAUUGUAUACAGUUGUUUUAAGUUAAGAGCAUUCAUCGAAGCACUCGUUGAAGCAACCUUUGUGUUGAAUGUUCCUUUUGUGAUUUCUUUUGCUCACGUUCUCUUCCAUUGCUUAUAUUUUUGUUUCGCCAACUGUCUAAUUGUAUAAUAUGAUUUUGUUAAGGCAGGGUAAUGCAGAAAUGAGAAGAGGUACUUUUUUAUUUUAAAAAUAGAAUGAGAAUUUGUUUGAAUGUUUCAAUUGAGUUGAUUUAAUCCAUUCAAUGGAAUUUGUAUUGUUAUGAAAGGAGCAAGAGUUUGUUGUUUUUUUUUUUUUAAUUAAGUCAUUUUCGAUUUCGAAGAUUAAUGAGGCAGCGAUAAGUUAAUUACAAUUGUCAAGUUACCACACAAACAAUAGUCAGGUGUAAGCUCUCUUUGGCGUUGUCUAUCGUAUUCCAUACGACUAAAAGCACAGAGCCAAUAUAGUCCCAUGUGGAAGAUCAGACUCAAUUUUACAUCACACAUUACAUGAGCUGAAGAGAGAUUGUGAAGAGUAUUGUUAUAAAAGGUACCUAUUCAAAAUCUGGAUAAACAGACUAACUUAUCCUUAGUUCGGAUAGUGUUGCUGCAAUAUGCAUUUAUGCCAUCUUCGUUUGAAUUAUGGGAUCAGUGCCAAAACUUUCUCCUUCUUGUUUAGCUCAAAAAUAUGCAAUUGUUAGCAUGCUUGAUGUAACAGCUGAGUUAAUUGUUUAGUUAGUCUGCCAUUUUGUGAAUAUUUUGUUUUGAUAGUAAUAUGUAAAUCUUUUAUAAUAUAUUUGUUUACAAUAAAUAAAUGACAACAUUAUAAAUAAAUGAAAUUGUAUUUUCCAUUUAAACUGAAGAAAAAAAUAUAAAAAGAAUAAUAUGCAAUGA